GCUUUAUUUGUCUUGGCAUUCCAAUUCCAAUUCCAAUUUUCCAGUUACCGCCUCCGCGCGCUCUCUAAGCUUCGCUUCCGAGCCCUUUCCAAUCGGCCGUCUCGCAGAAAUGGCGGAUAAACCCAGUCGAGCUCUAGUUAUUUUCGGUGAUGGGUUGGCUCGCUUUGUUGAUCAAUCUCAUACCCAUCUACAUGCACUCGCAUCGCUAGCUUCCUGUGGGUUUUUGUCACUUCCCAAUGCUCCUCCUUCAGAGAGUGAGGAAAAAAGGAUGAUUCGAGAGCUUGCGCUUCUAUUCAAUGCAUGUGACUCAUUCGUCAAUAAGAAUGGAGAUGGCUGCGAAGGAAGUAGUCAGAAAAAGUCCAUACCUGAAAGGUUCAUGGGAAUGAAAGCUGCAAUACUGACAAAUAGUUCAAGUGUGCAAUAUCUGGGCUCUGAACUUGGUGUGUCUCUGUUGCGACUGGAGGAGUUGAUGCAAACGAACCAUCUCGGGUUGCCAUCAGUUGACUUUGUGGCCUCUGAAUUGCUGAAGAAGCUUGGUUUUCAAGAUGGAAAGAUACAAGAUACAAGCGAGUUUGAUUUUUUGUUUGUACAUAUGGGAGUUGGCGACAAAGUUAAUGGCGAGAAAGACAAAACAACUUCGGAUGAGAUGAAAUAUAUUGAUGCUUUGGUUGGUGAUAUAUUGCAAAAGGCUCAGCCUGGAUCAGAAAUUGGUUCCCGUUUGCACUUGUCCCUUGUGAUGAGCUAUGGAAAUGUUUUUAAGGAUGACGAAUGCAACUUGUCUGUUUUGACUUCCAAAGAUGUGAAAAAUUCUGAUUUGUCAGCGCUCUUUCCCCGUCAAAGUUACACGAUGAUGGGGGAGGUCCCACGGAAUGAUGUUCGGCAUCAUUCACCCAUGUUAGCUGCUCAGUGGCAAUAUGGAGUAACCCGCAAAGAUAAAGCAGAAACAUUUUCUUUCAAGGAGUUUAAAGAGCAAGGCAGCAACCUCGUGAUACCUGCAGAUAGAUUUAUACAUGAGGUAGCUUUUAAGCUUUGGAAGGCCCCCAAGUAUGGAGCUUGAGAUGGACAACACCUCAAGACUUUCAAAAUGAGAAUAAGUCCCUCAAAGCACACACGUUUUGCUUGGGAACACUUUGCCAGAAGCACGUUAUGGAUUCCAAAUUUUGCUUAUACUCUGAUGCUUGGGAAAGGAAAAUUGUGAGUGCUACGAUUUUCGUGGAGAAUGGCUUCUGUUUAUAAGAAUUGCAUUGUUAUGAUAACGUCAGUUUCAAAAUUGGAAAUUAAUGCAAAUACGUUUUGCUUUUUAAGCUGAAA